GUGCGCAAUCGGGCCGCCAGCGGAGAGCACCUCAAGGUGGCGGUCGCACCUGACCGAGUUCAAAAUCAUGGAUCUGCCCGAGCUGGACGCCGGUGCCGAGCGCAGUCCCCACGUGAGCGGCGCUCCUCAGGGUUACUCGAUCACGGGUCUCCUGAUGACGGCCGCCAGCAACCCCUGCACCUCCGUCUCUGACUCACUGCUCUCGGCAAGCUUGCUCAGCGCUUUUGCCACUGCCCCCAAUCCGUCACCCACCAUCAUCCAGCAACCAAAGUUUUCAGGUUACGGAGACAGUCCUUUGGAACACUCGUCCAACAGCCAGUCAUUGGCCAACGACGAGGAGAAUUCGUGUCCAGACGAGGAUUCCUCCUCGGUCCUAAGUUUCUCAACUCUUCCUGGAACGUCUGCCGGCGGUCCCAUAAAGCGCAAACAAAGGCGAUACAGGCAGGAAAGAAAAGAUGAAAAAUUUCAACCUUUCCAUAAUAAAUUUUUUAGAACAACCUUUACCAAUUUCCAAUUGGAAGAAUUGGAAAGGGCUUUCCAGAAAACGCACUACCCUGACGUUUUCUUUAGGGAGGAAUUGGCCGUCAGAAUCGAUUUGACCGAAGCUCGAGUUCAGGUUUGGUUCCAGAACAGAAGGGCCAAGUGGCGGAAGCAGGAAAAGCUGGCCGUGAAACAGCAACAACAGCAACACCAGCAUCAUGCCCUUAUCAACCACUCGGCCUCUUCGCUCGUACAGGGAAUCCUCUCAAUACCAGUGUCACACAGCCCAGCUGGAUUAAUGUCUGACUCUCCACUGCUGUCGGCACAGUCAAUGUCCUCUCUAGGAGGAACAAGUCCAUUGGGCUCUUUCAGUCCGACUCCUUCGGCAGGGAUGUACCUAGGAAUGGAGUGGCCGCAGCAGGGAUUUUCUCCCCCGUUGCAACCAGCGUCUCCUCACUACGUGAGCAAAGUUGCAACGCGCGUCGAAAGUCCGGAGCUGGUCGACUCAGGGACGAGUGCCUCCGACCUGCUCUUGCAAGCGGCAGGGGCGCACUCGCCCCCUUCGACACCCCAUCAGUGUUCGGUGUCGUCGCCAGGGCCGCUGUCGCAGACACAUGACCACCUACCUGACCUUCACGAACUUAAGGGUGAUAAUGACUGAGAGAGCCAAUUAAAAGUGACAGGAAAGUUCAAGGGACAGCGACGUUGGUAUUGAUAAAAUUAUAUCUCUCAAUGUUCUCCACAAAUGUUCUCUUCCUGUUUGUAUAGGGGUAUCUGAAAAGUUAUCUCAACGCGUGUGACGAAGGGAAAACCAAAGUAAAUGUAUUUAUGUUGAAAAAAAAAUAUUUAUCACUGUUUUCAAGAGAACGUCAAAACUCUGAUUUAAAUUAAACAAAUUAAGUGUAAAAGGAUUUAGAGAUCUUUUCUCUCUCCUUCUCUCUUGCUGAUUAAUAAAAUCAUUUAACUGUGCGGAAAAAUACAAAGAUAUGAAGAAGGACUUGCUACGGUUAACAGUGUUGAAGAGGAAUUUUUUAAUUAUAUAAUUAUCUAUAUGUACAAAGAAAUAACA